CCAAGAACAACGGGCCAUUCAAAUCUAAACAACCUCAAUACAAUCAAUCUAUUGGUAGAUUCUCAUACAAUUAACUUCACCCAAGUCAACUUACAACUUAUUAUUGGAUUCAAUAAAAGUCAACGGUGUUUUAAAGAACUAGUUAAUUAAAGAAGCAGUGAAGCCAAUUUUCUUACGAGCUUGAUUUACAAGCUCUGCAUGGUAGAAUCUUAAUUCUUCAACAACUUUAAUACUUGAUAUUAUCCUACCUACUUAGCCUUUUCCUUCAUUGAACCGAAGCCGCCAUGAAUGCUACCAAGCGAAAAUUCAAUGCCUUAUUACAAGGAAUCGGCUCGAAGCCAAUGCCUCAAUCGCCAUCAGCAGAAGCGCAAAACAGUACUUCGGAUUCGCCUCUGAACCGACCCUCGACCCCUAACUCGACCUUACUAUCUACCAACAACGCCUUAACCCCGAAUAAAGAAAUGCCUCCCGGAAGCAUACCCUCAACUCCCAGUGAUCUCUUAAAGCGUCGCCGCGUACUAGAAUCUACCCCAGGCAACGAAAAAUCGGGUGGGACUAUCGUUUCAAAUGUCGUGCUGAAGAAAUGGGCGCCAAACGGCAAUGCUAUCUCACCAGCUAAAGGAGCCAAAGAUGAAGCCCCGAAAUAUUGCCCAGGCGAUCGCGACGAGCUGAUAAGGCGACUUGGAACAUUCCAAGAGUUAACAGAGUGGACGCCGAAGCCGGAUAAGGUCAACGAGAUCGAAUGGGCCAAGAGAGGUUGGGUCUGCCAGGGAAAGGAGCGCGUGAGAUGUACGCUAUGCCACAAAGAGCUGGUAGUCAAAAUGAAUAAAAAGGAAGUGGAUGGUAAGGAAGGUCCGGUCAUUGUUGGUUCGGACAUCGAGAAGGCAUUGGUCAAGAGAUUUGUCGAAUUAAUCGUCGAUGCGCAUCAAGAAGAUUGUCUGUGGAGGAAACGCGGAUGUGAUGACACCCUGCUGAGGUUAUCCUUAACGAGUCCCCCGAGCGCGCUGGCCUCCCUCCGCCAACGAUACGACGAACUUUGCGCACGCCAAUAUUUCCUUCCCUACCUCUUCAACCUUCGCUUACCGGCCGGACUAGACAUACAGGCAAUCAAGUCACAAUUAACCCCAAGCUUCUUUAACGAUCCCCCACCUCCCAGCUCGAACCCAUCAGUUAUAAAUGACGUAGCUCUUGCACUCGCUCUUACGGGUUGGCAAGGCCUGACCAACCCACGUGUUGGCGCAGUGCCUAACUCGGCAACCUGUGCUACAUGUUUGCGUCGCUUGGGGUUGUGGAUGUUUAAGAGCAAGGAAGUGGACGAAGAAACGAAAGAAAUUCUCGUUCCGGCGCCCAUGGAUUACCUGGAUCCUAUACGCGAGCAUCGGUUCUUUUGUCCGUGGCGAAAUGCUGCGACCCAGCACAAUCCUGGUUCCAAGAAGGUGGAUAACAAAACUGCUUGGCAAGUGCUCGCGCAAACGAUCAAAAACCACUCCUACCUCCGCGCGCAGGCGGAAAAAAGUAAUCAGCGCAGCUUUUUUCACCGUUCUUCGGCAUCCGUCCCUACGACGCCAGUAAAGGGAGGACAAGCAGCCGAUGGACGCUCCCCCUUGCUAGGAUCAGAUGAUGAAGAUGAGGAUAUGAGCGUCAGAGACGCGAAGGAUAAGGAAAGAUGGGCACGCUUGAGGAAAGUAAAGAACUUAUUUGAUACGAAGAACGGGAAGAAAAUGAGACGUUCGUUAUCCCGGCCGGCAACUGCUACGAGUCGCCCAGCUACUGCGCAUUCAAGGCAGGGUAGCGUGCCGCCUGAAACGGAGGGAGAAAACAAAUGAGAGAAGACUUGUCAUCAUGAGUUGGAUUUUAUCAAGGCGUUUGUGGUAUUGGUUUUUGUUUUAGUAAAUUUUAAGUAAGAUACCCAUACUACUCACAUCAUCUUCAAUGUAUUCCAUAAUGGCAUAGUCAAUUCGAAAUUCUGGUGUACUUUCUUCCAUUAGCAAUAAUUUUUUUUUUCUCUUAAUAUCAUGUUUGUCCCAUAACUCAUUGACAAUAUAACUUUAUUUUCCUUUAUGCUAUUAGAGAUUAGAAGCUGCUUUGAUCUCAGGGACAUAUUCAAUAGUCUUGUAAGUUGAUAUGAUAAACGACAUAUCUUAGGUACCUUUCAGGA